AUAUCAUAAGUAACAAUGAUUGGACAGGCAAAAUAUCUUUGAGGGAAGAUACUUAAAUAAGCCCAACUAGUCAACUAAAACAUACCCGGAUCACAUCUUGCUCACCUCCCUGUUUCACAAGGUGUCUUGAAAUACUUAAAUCCUAUGAAAGAGAGUAUGACCCAGGAAGCAAAAAGACCACUGCUUUCAGAGGGAAAGAAACGUGCAUCACUGGGGGAAGUAGAAAGGAUCUUCCUGCCAAGUACAACAGUGAAUAACUGGGAUCAAAUACAGAAAUUCAGAUUCAAGGAUGAUGAUCUUCUCAUCUGUACCUAUCCUAAGUCAGGAACAACAUGGAUUCAGGAAAUUGUGGACAUGAUUGAACAGAAAGGAGAUGUGGAAAAGUGUCGACGAUCAGUCAUUCAUCAUCGGCAUCCUUUCAUUGAGUGGGCACGUUCACCUCAACCUACUGGUGUGGACCAAGCCAAUGCAAUGCCCUCUCCUCGAAUACUAAAGACACACCUUCCUACCCAAUUGUUGCCUCCAUCUUUCUGGGAAAGCACUUGUAAGAUCAUUUAUGUAGCUCGGAAUCCCAAAGACUGCAUGGUAUCCUAUUACCAUUUCCAAAGGAUGAGCCAAACACUCCCAGAACCAGGAACUUGGGAAGACUAUUUUGAAAAUUUCAUGAAUGGGAAAGUGAGCUGUGGUUCCUGGUAUGACCAUGUUAAAGGAUGGUGGAAGGCAAAAGACAAACGCCAAAUUCUCUUCCUUUUUUAUGAGGACAUAAAAGAGAAUCCAAGGCGUGAAAUUCAGAAGGUGAUGAAGUUCAUGGGAAAGAACCUGGAUGAAACAAUACUGGAUAAAAUUGUGCAGGAAACAUCAUUUGAAAAAAUGAAAGAAAAUCCGAUGACAAACCGUUCUACAGUGCCUAAAACUAUUAUGGACCAGUCCAUUUCCCCCUUCAUGAGAAAGGGAAUUGUUGGAGAUUGGAAAAACCACUUCACUGUGGCUCAGAAUGAGAAAUUUAACAAUGACUACAAGAAGAAAAUGGAAGAAACCUCUCUAACUUUCCGCAUGGAAAUAUGACAACAGUGUGGAUAAUGAUGAUAAUGACAAUGAUGAUGUUGAUAAUAAUGAAGAUAGUGAUGAUGAUAAUAAUAGUAACAUUUAUAUAGCACUUUCAGGUUUGCAAAGUGCUUUGCAAAUUUUUUCUCAUCUUAUCCUCACAAAUACAUUCUUAACAGCUACCAAACAAUAGAACUUAAGAUGCUCUACCCUAUUGUCUCUGCUCUUGUGAAUGAACUUUACUCUGCAAUUAUUAUAAUGAUCAUAUAACACUUAUUAAAAAGAACAAUAAUUAAUAGUACCUCUUGUCUCUGCCCUUGUGAAUGAACUUAUUAGAAUAUGCAAAAUCCUGAGACCUGGAAAUCAGAAAUUUUCUUCUCAUUGUUGACUUAAUAUAUUUUGUCAAGUAAACUAGCUUUUUAACCUACAAAAUAAUAAUAGCAUGAAUAUAAUUAGAUAUAUAUUAGUACAGCUACUAAAUAAGAUUAUAUAUGAAAUGAAAAAAAUUCCCAUGUGCUAUACUGGUCCAAUUUUAAUCACAUCUGAAAACUCCAGAGACUAAAAUGUUCCUGAACAAUUUAUUAAUGUAACAGAGAGAAUAUUAGAUUUUUACUCAAGAUCAAAAUUUUAAUCCUAGCUCUAGUAUCAUUCAGCUACUUCUUUAGUUUCCUCAUUUGUAAAAUAAAGGGAUAAGAUUA